GGGAUGAUGCUGAGCUGCAUUCCCAUCAUUCUGUGAGGAGAGGAGGAUCCCUCUGCGCAUCUACAACGGAGAAAGGGACGCCGAGCAGCAAGAACAUAUCAAAUAAUCCAAGUUGAGCCCUCUAUCUGCCACCAUGUCAGCUGGAGGAGAUUUGGGGAACCCCCUGAGGAAAUUUAAACUCGUGUUUUUGGGAGAGCAAAGUGUGGGGAAAACAUCUCUCAUCACUAGAUUCAUGUAUGACAGUUUUGACAACACAUAUCAGGCAACCAUCGGCAUUGACUUCCUAUCAAAGACCAUGUACUUGGAAGACCGAACAGUAAGACUGCAGCUGUGGGACACUGCUGGACAGGAGCGCUUCAGGAGCCUCAUUCCAAGCUACAUAAGGGAUUCAACAGUGGCUGUGGUUGUGUACGACAUUACGAAUGUGAAUUCAUUCCAGCAGACCUGCAAAUGGAUUGAUGAUGUCAGGACAGAGAGAGGAAGUGAUGUCAUCAUCAUGCUAGUCGGCAACAAGACAGACCUCGAAGAGAAGAGGCAAAUCACGAUCGAGGAAGGAGAGCAGAGAGCCAAAGAGCUGAACGUUAUGUUUAUCGAGACCAGCGCCAAGACAGGCUGUAAUGUCAAACAGCUGUUUCGUCGGGUUGCGGCAGCCCUACCUGGAAUGGAAAGCUUGGAUGAUGCAAAUCCUGAAGGCAUGAUCGACAUCAAGCUGGACAAGCCGGCAGAGCCCACUGUCCCCGAGGGUGGGUGCUCUUGUUAAUGCAGAGCUGAAUUGGGGCAGCUCCCUUCACACCAUAGGCUUGUUGUGUUGCUUACUACUGGUUAGCUUCCAGUUGACUUCUCCAAUUGGAUAUAGGAUAGCGAGUGAUGUAUCUGAUUGGACAAGUCAAAUGUUAUCUUUCAGUCUUGUUCAGUUGUAAGAUAUUGUAUACUUUGUCAAUAUGUAAGUGACUGGAGGAAAACAAGGAAACACAUGUUGCAAUGAAAAUGAACAAAAAACUGUUUGGGGGGGAAAAAUGCAAAAGGAGACAAACAGGACAACCAAGGAGUUCUUUUCGCUGUUAUGUUUUGUAUUUUUUAUAUAUAAAAAGGGAAAGCACCAAAAACGAUGCCUAAACACAGAAAGGAAAAAAAUCGGGGUGGGGGUUCGGCCAUGUUUCCAGAUGGCUGAACAUGUCUGAAUGUCUGCAGCACGCAUGCACGCUGAUCUGGUCUUUGAUCUUUGACCUUUGACCUACCCUUCAGGGCCUCCACGCUCUGGAAGGAGGUUGACCAUCUAAGAAUGUUUUAUAGCAUCUCUAUAGCAUCUCAUGACGAAAUGUAUCUCAUUUGAUAUUCCCACAACAGUCCACUUCCAGUAGGUUCACCCAACAGUAGCUGUGAAAAUGUGGCACUAUUUCUCUCUCUCUGUCUCUCUCUCUCUCUCUCUCUUUCUCUCUCUCGCUCUCUCUCACACACUCUCUAUAU